UUGGUUCCUGCGCGGCGCUUCCUGGGGGCGAGGGCGCCAUGGCGCUGCCCUGGUUGCACCGCUUCGAGCUCGCGCUCUUCGCUGCCGCCUUCCUGUGCGGGGCCGUGGUGGCCGCAGCGCUGACCCGAACCAAGGGCUCCUUCAGGGGCAGCUGUCCCCUAUAUGGUGUGGUCACCAGGAAUGGUUCCACCUUGGCCUUGUCCCAGCCCUCGGCCCCAUCCCUCUGCUACUUUGUGGCUGGGGCCUCUGGCCUUCUGGCCCUCUACUGUCUCCUGCUUCUGUUCUUCUGGGCCUACAGCAGCUGCAUCGAGGAUUCCCACAGAGGCCCUAUAGGGCUCCGAAUUGCAUUGGCCAUCUCAGCUAUAGCCAUUUUCCUGAUCUUAGUGUCUGCCUGUAUCCUUCGGUUUGGCACCAGUUCUCUCUGCAAAUCCAUCAUUUCCCUCAACUCUACAACUAGCUGCUCUGAAGCCCAGAAAAUUUCUUGGACACCCCCUGGAACCGCUUUGCAAUUUUACUCCAAUCUACACAAUGCCGAAACCUCUUCUUGGGUGAAUCUGGUAUUGUGGUGUGUGGUCCUGGUGCUCCAGCUCGUGCAGUGGAAGUCUGAAAGCACACUAUACCUUCCUCUGCAGAGGGGGGACCCUGUGUGGAGCUCCGAGACAGACACUCUUGUUGGGCCGCGGCUUUCCCAUUCCUGAGGAGUAACCUGAGUGCUUCCUGCAGCCAAGACUCCAUGCCCCAAGUGCCUGCAAUCCUGUUGCCCCCGCAUGGCCAUUUACGCUGGGAGCCUGUUCUCCCUCCACGAGGGAAACAUGAUCUUCCCCUUCCAUUCCUCUUCCUACAGCCUCCUUUUUGUACCAAAGUAUUAUAUUACUUUCUUCCUAAUGGUACUGAGUUCUUGAUGUUAAAAGUUAAAAGUUCAGGUUCCAGGGAGUGGGAGGGAAUGAAGGCUAACCAGACAUUCAUCAAAACUUACUGUCAGGGAGAUGCCCUUGGGAUGGCUGCCUUUAUUUACUGCUAAUCUUGGCUCUGAGUGUGGCCUUGGUGGUUGUCCCACCCUAUGUUUCAGUUUACUCCCCUUUGGGUGGGGUGAGUGACUCCAGCUGGUUUCUUCACAAGGAACGGUAGGCCCCCACAGUGUUGUCAAAGAGUUUGGUGUUGGGAAAAUGUCCAGCUUUGUCCAAGAGGAAGUAGAAGCGCCGGCCUUUGAUCUUCAGAGGCAACAUGGCAGGGACUUCACCCCGGUGGGCCAUGCAGGACACUUGGUUCAAGGGAACCGUGAAAUGGGCCCCCAAGCCGAACGGGGCGUGAGUGGUGAGGGUAACCUGCUUCCCUCCGGCCAGUAGGGUCACUGAACGCACAGAGCGGAGGGAGAAGAGAAGACCCGCACCAAGCACCAGGGUACCUGAGGGAAGAGCAAAGACUGGGGUGAGGCCCGGGUCCCCCACACUCACCAGAGCGCUAAGCGGCGACCCUCCCAAUGCUCCCUGAAUAAAAAAUACUGUGGCGACAUUAAUACCUGAGUUCUUACACCCCAGAACCCAGGCUCCGUCAUUCCUCCCAACCACCUGAAGUCUAUCGCCACCUCUGGCAACAGAUACUAUACCUAUUCACAUCCAAUAGGUCCAGCCCCAUUUAAAGACGAGAAAGCGGGU